CGCAUCCUCUUGCACUCCCGUGAGGACUUUCUCCGAAAGACGGACAACUAUAUAAGCGAGAUCGACUGAGUUUGAAACACGUUAGACGAAAUCGUACGGGUAAGACGAACGGGUCAUCUUGUCGACGCGUUGUUGUUGUUUACUACACGCUUCGACGAGUCUCCACGUUCUUCGAGUCCGUCGUUUCCAUUCUCGCACGGGUGAACACGUGUUCGACACGCGACAAAUACGUAUCGUGAGUAAAACGAUCGCGUGCACGCGAAUCGGCAUAAUUUUUUGCCGAUCUUCUUCUCUAUUCAUAGAUCUAAUUAUUGAUCUUAUCCAGCAACAUGAGAUCUGCUAAUAGCUGGCCAUCAUCCUUGAUGGCUACCCUAAUAGCAACGGCUGCAAUUUUUACGUCUGUUUGCGGUGAAGCACCACUCACUGGUAGUUAUCUGCCACCUUCUACUAGUUAUGGAACACCGAAUCUAGGUGGUGGUGGAGGAGGAGGAGGAGGAGGAGGAGGUAAUGGCGGUGGUGGUGGAAUAUCGACGAGCUACGGAGCACCAACCGGAGGAGGCGGAUGUGGUUUUGGUGGUUGCGGAGGCGGUGGUGGAGGAGGUGGUGGACCUUCUGUUAGUUAUGGGGCUCCUAGUUCCGGAGGAUUUGGAGGUGGUGGUGGUGGUGGUGGUGCACCAUCUUCGAGUUAUGGAGCACCGUCGCGAGGUGGUGGUGGUGGAGGAGGUUAUUCCGGAGGUGGUGGCGGUGGCAAUGGCGGCUACUCAGGUGGCGGAGGUGGAGGAAUAUCGAGCAGUUAUGGAGCACCAUCAGCAGGAAGGCCUUCAUCAAGCUAUGGAGCACCCUCGAACGGUGGAUUCGGUGGUGGUUUCGGUGGUGGUUUCGGUGGUGGUGCUGGUGGAAGUGGUGGAUACUCAGGCGGUGGUGGUAGGCCAUCUUCGAGCUACGGAGCACCAUCGAACGGAGGAGGUGGAAGACCAUCUUCCUCUUACGGGGCACCAUCCUUUGGGGGUGGUAACGGUGGUGGUGGUGGUGGCGGCGGCUACUCAGGUGGCGGUGGUUUCGGUGGUGGCGGAUUCUCCGGUGGAGCACCCUCCUCCAGUUACGGCGCACCCUCACGUGGUGGAGGCAAUGGUGGUGGUGGUGGUGGUGGAUACUCUGGCGGUGGAGGCGGAGGUAUAUCAUCGAGCUAUGGAGCACCUUCCUUCGGAGGUGGCCACGGAGGUGGUUUCGGUGGCGGAUCCGGCGGUUAUUCCAAUGGUGGUGGAGGUGGCGGCGGUAGGCCCUCAUCGAAUUACGGUGCACCCAGCUUUGGAAGUGGCGGUUCUGGCGGUGGUCAGGGUUACGCCAGCAAUGGUGGUUACCAAUAUUAAUCACGCUAUGUGUUCGUCCCGCGAGAUACGACCUUCGACCUCGUAUCACUUUCAUGAGUUUUAUAAAAGCAAUGGGUACCCAGGAAAACUCUACACAAUGACAGACAAAAUAUUGACCAGCCAUGAAGCGAAGGGUUGCGAAAUUGGACGUCGAGAUCUCGCGGAUAUCCAAUCAAAGUCAGCAAAAGGAGGAUUUCAAUGAUUCGUAUUCUUUUUCAAAAGUUUUUAAUAAUCAUCAACGUUUCGUACUCUCGACAAUCGACAGAUCAAAUUUGAAUGUUCAUAGAUAGAAAUGAUAGAAAGAAGUAAAAGAGAGAAAAAGAGAGAGUUUAGAGAACAGAUGAAAAUUAAUAUCUUUCAUUAUCUCAGAAACGUUGCUUAGGAAUAUCAAAGCGAAUGAUAAUCGACGAUAAGAUACGAAUGCAAAAGAAAAAAAAAAAAAAAAAAAAAAAAAAAAAGGAAAGAAAAGAAAAAAAAAACGGAACCUUCCUCUUCAUCCCUUCUUCACAUUCGAAACCCUAUAACUUAUUUAUUUUAUAAAGACGCUUUUUAUACUAAUAAAGUAGCUGUGCUGAGAAAGAAAUGAAACAUUACUCUUCUAUUUCUAUCUAUUCUAAUAUUAGUUAGUUCCUGGAAAUCAAAAAUGGAAUGAAUGUGUUAUAAUAGUGUUUUAGACGUAUAAUACAUUAUUACAUAUAUCACAAUGUGUGCCUUGAAAGGUAAAGUUAGCCGCUUGGUAGAAUAGCUUCUGCUCAAACUCGAUGGGUCGAUUUAUUGAUCCUAUUCGACUCGAAAGAAAGAAAGAAAGAAAGAAAGAAAGAGAGAGAAAGAGAGAGCUAUCUUCUUUCUAUUCCUGUUUUAACUCGGCUAAAAACGUAGUCUCGUCAUCGACGAUUCUAUCGGGUAUUCCGAUUAAAUCGCUAGAACAAACUCACCACCAUUAUCCUUUCCUUAACUUUCUCUUUUUUCAGCGGUCAUCGUCCAUCUUUAUAACAUCGUCGUACUGUUAUUCUGCUCGUCGUUGAAAAUAAUCUUUAUAAGAAUAUGAGAAUAAAGAAAAAGAGAAGAUGAAGAAGAAGAAGAACAACAAUAACAACAACAACAACAACAAAAAAAAAGAAUAGACAUGGGAAUAACAUUUGACUCUUAUAACUCCAUGGUGAAUUUUUUAUACACAGUUUAUUUUUAACAUUUACAAUCAACAUCUCGUUCGUUUUUUUUUUUCUUUUUUUUUUUUUCUUUUUUUUUCAGGUAUACACGUAUAAUAUACAUACACAC